AUGGCUACCUCUUCUGCCACUCCUCUUUCGCUCCCUCGAUUCUCACGUCACACAUAUAGAAAAUGUUAUCUAUCUAUCUAUCUAUCUAUCUAUCUAUCUAUCUAUCUAUCUAUCUUGGAGACUGGCAGAACUUCGAUCAAAAAAACGCUCAAUAAAUUAAAUACGUCCAUUGAACAUUUAUUGAAAGGAUAUUUAUCUAUUUCAGACUAUUUAUAUCUACAUGCUGACAAAAUAGAUAAAACUCGGUAUUCUCUCUCUCUCUCUCUCUCUCUCUCUCUCUCUCUCUCUCUCUCUCUCUCUCUCUCCUCUUCAGUUCAUAUCUAUCUAUCUAUGUGUCCGAAAAUGUCACGAGACAACCCAAGUCUCCGUCCCUCACACUUAUUUACUUCCUUUCUUUCUCUCUCUCUCUUUUCUCUCCUCCUUAUAUUACAGCAGAUCACAUUCAUUUCUCACACCAACCAGCAAUCGUCUCCCCCUCUCUUUCUUUCCUGUCAUUCUCUUUUUCUUCAUUUGCUUUCUUUUCUACUCUUAUUCAUUAGUCAUGUGUUAACAUCCGUUCCAAUCAUACCCCUCCUCUCUCACUCUUUCUUUCUUCCCCUCUUUCUUUCUUUCUCCCCCUCUCUCUCUUUCUUUCUUUCGUUUUGUCUUUCUUUUUAA